ACAGUGAAAUGAAAGAUGAAAAGCUGGAUGACGAAGAGGAGAGAGAGGAUGAAGAUGAGAAGGGUGGAGAGAAGGUACAUGCUGUAGAAAAUGACAAGGGAGACGUGGAAUACAUAACCCCAGAGAUUAACUGGGAUGAUCCUGCAUUGGUUUGUGUGACCCUUGUUAACUUUCUUAAAAACCCUUGUCGAAAAUGGAAAGUGGCAAUGGAAGAGGGUGAUGCCGAUGAUGAUAAUAAUCUUGAUGAUGAUGUAGUUGUGCGUAAGGUCCAAAAAAAGCGGGGUCGAGCACAGAGUUCAAUUGUUGAGCCUGCCAUGAAGCGGCCAAAGUCUGUGGAAUGCAAAACUCCUUGGCAAAGGCAGGAGAUUCCGAAUAUUGGGGAGGAGACAGUUGGUCUUACUUUUGACCCCCUGAGGCCAGUUCGUCGUGGUUUGCUUCUAGAGACAGCGAAAUUCUUCUGGGAAUGGGGACAAAAAGAAAAUACGCAUGUGAGAUUAUGUGGAAAACAUGGUGUGGACACUUCGCAUGACUUCUUCAUUCGCCUUUUGACCAAGGAUGGUUGGUUGAAUGACACAAACAUCGACAUGGGAUUGUAUUUGCUAAGGGUACGGCAGACAAUAUAUGCAAACUUGGUGCGUUCGGACUGGGCAAUAGUAGAUACUCUGUUCCAGACUUAUGCUGCAAUAGAUUUGCAACAUAUGCGCCUUUAUGGUGGAAAGGAAGAUAGGACCCAUAGCAAUGCUUUGGUGAAAAUGGUUAAUGGCAAACUGCCUACGUGGGGUAAACCUUGGUCUUCCGUGAAAAAAGUUUUUAUGCCGUACAAUGUGAGUCAAAAGCACUGGGUGGGACUUGUUUUAGAUUUAACAAGUUGUGAAAUUUUUGUGUACGAUUCAAAUAUAGAUUUGUUUAGGACCCACAUAUUGGUAAAGGCAGUGCAGCCACUUGCAAAAUUGAUCACUCCAUUGUUAGAAGAAGCUGGGUAUGUUGGUGAUUUUCCUCUGCGAAAAGGUGAGUGGCCAAUUCAUCGUGUAAUGGAUUCUGCCCAACAAGUUGGAGGCGGUGACUGCGGGAUGUUUGUCAUCAAAUACUGUGACUUUCUGAGCUGGAAUGUGGAGUUGGGGAAAAUUUCAAAUGAGGCCAUGCAUUUAUUCCGUCUAAAGCUUACUGUAGACUUGUUGCAGGGAUGCUACAAUAUAUAGCUGUAUGAUUAUGGCUGAAUGUUUAACUGCCUUAGUUUUGAACUUGAGAGGUAUUACCAACCGUGUGAACACACAUGCAACACUAUUUUGUUUUGAUUACGGUGAUGUGAAUAUAU